AGCCCAUUGGCUGGUUAAGCGUGUUACGUACUGACGCGGAAGCGCUCCACCACCGCGAGAGAAAAAUGGCAGCUCACAGGUGCAGCUACUCGGCUGUGCUGUUUGUUUUUUGUGUUUUGUCAGUGUUUAUCGUCACAGAGAGUCAAAAAACGACACUGACGGUUGAUCAUCCUCAAACAGACACCGAAACAGCGGAGCGACCGGCCCAGCGGUCGGCGGCGGGGGAGAGGCGGUGGGAAGCGACCGAGGUUGAAGAGGCGGCUUCGGAUGAAGCUGCAGCCGACAAACAGGACAUUUCAGCCCCUGAAACCAUGGCCCCCUCCUCCGUGCCACGGCCUAGAGACGAUUUUCAGGAGGAAUUGGUCAUCAGACCGCUGCACUCGGGAGAUAUUUAUGCCAGCUUCCAGUUCCGCACCCUGUGGGAAACUGAUUUCAUGACAGGCACCAAAGUCUCCCACUACCGGUUGUUCCCCAAGUCUCUGGGCCAGGUCAUCUCCAAGUUCUCAGUGCGAGAGCUGCACAUCUCCUUCACGCAGGGCUACUGGCGGACCAUGCAGUGGGGGCAGCCCUUUCUGCCAUCCCCUCCUGGUGCCGAACUCUGGGUAUGGUUCCAGGACUCUGUGACAGAUGUGGAUGGCACGUGGAAGGAGCUAACGAAUGUUUUGUCGGGGAUUUUCUGCGCUUCACUCAACUUCAUUGACUCCACCAACACUGUUCAGCCCAGCGCCUCCUUCAAACCGCUGGGUAUAGGCAAUGUGACGGACCACCGCUUCCUUCGCUAUGCCACCCUCCCACGAGAAAUUGUUUGCACAGAGAAUCUGACACCCUGGAAGAAACUCUUGCCAUGUGGAUCCAAGGCUGGUCUGGCUGUCCUGUUGAAGUCAGAGAAACUCUUCCACAGCAGUUUCCAUUCCCAGGCAGUGCACAUCAGACCUGUGUGUGAGGACUGGCAGUGCAAAACCACAUCCUGGGAACUGCGACAGACACUGAGUGUGGUCUUUGACCUGCACACCUCUGGACAGGGCAAACGAGAGUGGUCUCUGUUCAAGAUGUUCUCUCGGACCCUGACAGAAGCUUGUCCGCUGGCCUCCUCCAGUAAAAUACACAUUGACAUCACAGACAACCCUCAGGGGGAGCAGUUUGAGCUGAGCCCAGCCACGCCCCUGCUGAGCCAGGCAGUGGUGCUGGGGGACAGACGGACCUUCUCCAUCUACGAUCUGACCCAACAAAUCACCUUUGGCACCAUGCGCUCCCUCAACCUGCUGAUCCGCUGGAAAUCCAGUGAGGGUGACAUGCUGCGCCCCCUGCUCCACGCUGAGCGCUACGUGGCCGGUUACGGGCUGCAGACUGGAGAGAUUCACACGCUGAUGUACAACAACCACCCGUACAGGUCUUUCCCUGUGCUCCUGCUUGAUUCAGUACCCUGGUAUCUUCGUCUCUACAUCCACACCCUCACUGUGACCAGCAAGGGAAAGGAGAACAAGCCCAGCUACAUCCACUACCAGCCGUCUAAGGACCGUGUGAGGCCCCACCUGCUGGAGAUGCUAGUCCAGCUUCCUCCCAACUCCGUCACUGAGGUCACAGUGCAGUUUGAGAGGGCUCUGCUCAAAUGGACUGAAUACACCCCUGAUCCCAACCAUGGCUUCUAUGUUGGGUCUUCAGUAAUCAGUGCUCUUGUACCAAGUAUUGUCGCCAUGGAUACGAACAGCACUCAGGAACGCCCGCUUUUCAGCAGUUUUUUUCCCUGUAAAGAGGAGUCCAGCUACUUUGUGCGCGUCUACACAGAACCUCUGCUGGUCAACCUGCCAACUCCAGACUUCAGCAUGCCUUAUAAUGUCAUCUGCCUGACCUGCACUGUGGUGGCCGUGGGCUAUGGCUCCCUCUACAACCUACUGACCCGGAGCUUCCAGAUAGAAGAGCCCAGCCUAGGAUUGGCCAAACGGAUAGCCAACAUCAUCCGCAAGAUGAGGGGCGUGCCGCCACUCUGAGGCUGCACACCAGUGCCUGACUGGCUCUGCUUUUAGAAAGGAAGCCCUCCUUUUGGUGAAACUACUGGUAAACAUGUAAUAUUCAGGGAAAAACUGAAUCUAGCACUGGUAUAAAUGCUGACUGUAAGAAACAGUCAAGUUGAAGGGAUUGUUUCAAGUGGCGGGGGAUCAAUAACCUUUUUGAACAUUAACAUAUUCAGGAUCAUUUCCUGCUGGCUAAGGACAAAAAAAUGUGGACGUCUGUCUACUUUGAGCUUUGUUAUUGUUUGACAAGAAGAAGGAACCAAAGCUGUGGAGUAUGCAGCAGUGGUAACUGCAUCAAUGGUUUUUUUUUAAUUGUUUUUGUGCCGAGGAUGUUUGAAACCAUAACUCCACUCCAUCAUAAUAUAGCCACACUGUCACUGAGGCAUUUUGUUACUGUGAGGGGAAACUGUAGUAAAAUUAUUACAUUACUACAAAUGCACUACAAAACCUCUGAGUACAGCUAAAAAAAGGAUGAUCACCGUCGCAUUCCUGACCUGUUAAUUCCCAUUUCCCUGCGAGGAAAGAUAAAAUAAAAAAGACCCCUUAAGUCAGAGUGACUCAGUAAGAAUGUCACAUUUGAUCAAAUCUCAGGUGUGUCAUACAGACAUGAAAGGACUCUGAAAUACUGGGUUUCCCAUGCCCAAGCAUACUAAAAUCAGCAUUAAGGUGGAACUGUGGAACAUCCAGAAGUGUUUCCUCUUCAUUUAAAGUUCCUGGUGUGUUUGUAUUACCUAACACGUGUUCUGUAGUAGUUUCAUUGAGAAAAGAACACGUGCCUGCAAAAAUACUGAAAGCGACCAUUUUUUUUUCUAAGUUGGACAUGUCCCUUAGCAAACACAUUACUGGUCUGGAACUACUUGUUCCAUAAAAUAGGAACAACCCUCUUACUUUGCACUCAUUAUAGGAUGCAUGCUUGAAUAUUAAAUACGAUUGUCUGCAGGUCUUGAAAAUGACUUGCCUUUAGUUUGUAACUCCUUCACUCAUCGGUUAAAUGUAGUUUAAAUGUGUCUCAUAGCGAGCAUUAAUUAUGCUUGUCUGCCUAAAAGUCCAGUCUGUUUCACUCACAGUGAAAAAGUGCACAGAAAGUGAAUGUUUGAAGCGUAACUGUGUUUGUAUGUGGCAAAGCUUAAAUGUUCUUUAUUGCCUUUUCAAUAAACUCACAAACAUCUGUUUGACAUUUUAUUCAAAUUACUGGCUGUGUAAGAC